CACAUCGACUCGGGUCGGAGUCGGACAAAACAAAAACAACCUUUUAAAAACCCAAACCCCUAAUAUGACGCGGCGCUCUCUCAUUGGUGGAUCCUCUGAUUCGUUGCUUUCGCCACCAACAUCCGAAGCUGCCCUUGGGCCCUGACCAUCGAAAACACCAACCCCCAACAAACCAGUUCAUCUUCUCGUUCUAUUUUCCUACACUUUCCUACACUUUCACACCACCCAAACAGCACCAUUCUUGAUAACAACAAUAGACGCAUUUCCAAUUUUGUCAACAGAAUUUCUCUAAUGUCACCAAUGCAACACGAAAUUUCUGUCCUACCAGCUUUCUUCUCCACUCAAAGUCUCCGCCCUCAGCCCUACAAUUCUUAACCUUCCUUUUCACUCUGUUGCUUUUGAAUUACUGAUUCAAAGCUCACGGUUUAGUUCACAAAACUGUAAAUUAGCAGCUUUUACGAGGCAAUUUUGGGAAGAUAAACAAAUUGAGCCGUUAAUGUCGGGACCACCGAGGGUAAGGUCUUCUAACAUUGAAACGGAAAUGGAAUCGAGGUCGGUUCUGGGUCCGGCCGGGAACAAGGACCCGAGAAAACCGGCGCCGAAAUUGGUGAAAAAAGCGGAAAAACCAGUCCAACAAACCGAUGAGGGUAAAGACAACGAGAAGGAUAAAGAAUUGUUAAGUCCACAACAGAAGCCAAUGCCGAUUCCUCAGUCGCUAACUUUGACGGCUUCGACUUUGAGGCAGCAGGAAAGGAAGGUGGGGAAUUUGUCGAUGAGCUUGUCGUGUUUGUCGGACGGAGGAGCAUCGCCUUCAUCUGCAGGGUCAUCGUCGCGUGGGAGGACUGGUGGAGAGCGGCGGGGUGGUGGCGUUGGAGUUGUAGUUGAGGUGAGGAGGAAGCAAAGCGGGUCGAAAGGGGUGAGUGGGGUAGUGAUGGAAUCAGGGGAAGGCUGUUGCUCGGAGAGCAAGAAAAGUUGUGGGUGGGUCACACCGAAUUCGGAUCCUUGUUAUGUCGCUUUUCAUGAUGAAGAAUGGGGAGUUCCUGUUCAUGAUGACAAGAAACUGUUUGAAUUGCUUAGCUUAUCAGGUGCUUUGGCUGAACUGACAUGGCCUACCAUCCUUAACAAAAGGCAUAUGUUUAGGGAAAUCUUUCUGGAGUUUGACCCAAGUGCCGUUUCAAAACUAAAUGAGAAAAAGAUAGGUGCUCCUGGAACCCCUGCCAGCUCUCUGCUAUCUGAGCUCAAGAUUCGAGGCAUCAUUGAAAAUGCACGCCAAAUAUGCAAGGCAGGGACUCAAUAUCGUUAUUGAUAUUUUAAUC